AUGAAUUCAUCGUCCGAUACCGCAGGUUUUCAGAUAAUUGGUGCUAGGAAGCAGCUUUAUGUUGUGCCACCUUGGCACACGCAUCAUACUUCUGAAGAGAGUUGCACUGUGCUUUACCUUGUUUCCUCCCCACUACCAAGCGACGUUUCUUCCGUUGUGUUUAACAUCACAACUCGCAAUCAAGGAUGGCACAGUAACCCACGAGAUGGUAUUUGGUCCUGGUUUGAGGUCUCCAUUCUGAGCUCGUGGCAGCAGAAUGCUAUGCCUAAGUUGGAUGAUUUGAUGAAGCCGACCUAUGUCCAGCCAUGUCCCGAUGAUUUUGGAGAAUAUUUGCAAGAGCAGGGACUAUACUUCAAGGAGAUACCUUCCAAGAUAGCUGCUUCAAGCUCAGGGAUUAGCAUAUCACUCUCUGAUACAAGCAUGCGUCGAAGUUGGGUGGAAAUGGUGCACAUCUAUGGGAAGGACGACAACGCAAAGGGGGGCUCGUUUCUCCCGAUCCUUGAGGAAGGCGAUCGAUUGGUGAUUUGGGCACGGACAAAGUUCGCUGGAUGGGUUAAUUACAUCGAUCAGGCUUGUAUCCUGAUAUCAACCAGCCCAAUUCCCCUGUCAUGGACUGUGAAGCAAGAUUUGCUACUUCCCUCAAACCAGGUGAAGGGACUGAUCACAGGGACCAAUAGCAUGACUAAUGUCGACCUUAUAAAGUUUGUGAGUGACUUAAUAAAAUUGCGACAUCCUCAGCCCAUCACAAGGCGCAGUGUUCAGAGUGAUAGCACCCGCAGCCAGGCGGUUAUUAACCAUCCAGACGUGGAGGGGGAAUCAGUAAGAAGAAAACAUACCUCUUCCGACCAGACACCAAAGCGAGAUGAGCCAGACAGGUCCUCCCAGCAACAAGAUGAACAGAUCUCUCAUUUAGAAUCUGUUUUGUCACAUAUGUGUUCAGAUGAUUCUCGUAAGCCCGACGUACUUUCAAGCCUUGGUUUUGGCUACAUGUUUCGCUACAAGAGGAGUUCGAAAAAGGAAGAUAUCGAAAAAUCACUCGAUUUGCAUCGACUAGCAAUGGAACAAGAACCUGAAAAUCGGGAGUUUCGCGCACGUUUUGUGCUAGCCUUGCUCGAUCGAUAUUCCGGUUUUCAUGAUUCCGCAGAUAUCGAUCUAGCCAUCGUCGAGCUGGAAAAGACCAUCCCUCUUCCUCUGGACUUCCCUCAACGGCAAGGGUACUUGGAAAGUUUCGCGAACGCGUAUAGAUCUCGUCAUAGAGACACAGGCAAUGAGGGUGACAUACAGAGAUUGAUCCAGCUGUAUAAGGAAAUUGAAACUACCUUUCCGGACGAUUCCGUUGAAAAGGCCAUAUAUACAGGUCAGCGGAUGAAGUAUGACGAGACUGUCAGUAUCGAGGAGCGUGAUAUAGCACUGAGACAGAUGGAAGAUGCUCUGAUUCCCACUCCAGCCCAUCUUCAGCAAUAUCAGGUGUUACUCAGACUGCUUUCCAAGCAAUACUACGCACGAUGGGAGCUGACGGGCGAUAGCAAAGAUCUCGAACUGGCGAUUUCUAAGGCCAAAGACCAUGUCUCGGCUUUGCCUGAGAAUGAUGUUAGUGUGUCGUCGGCGGCGGUAUAUGAGUUUCUUGGUCACUUGCUUAGGAAGAAGGGGCUCAGAAGUGAGAAUACUGCGGAGUUGAUGGCCGCUUGCGAGCAGAUGGAAAAGGCGUUGGAUGCAGCUCCGCCCAACAGCAUUUAUCGAGAUCUGAUGGUCAUCAAGAGGGCCGAAUAUCUGGCCAUGUUGCCAUUUGAAUCCAAAAGAAGAGAAGCUUUGUUAAGGACUGCCGUCGAGAAAUGUGACUACUUACACACAACCUGGUUCAACCGCUUGAGCAAUCCCGCAAAGAGCAGUCUUCUAAUGUUCAUCAGUUGGCACUAUUAUAACUUAUACGUAUUCACCAAGCAUCCGGCCGAUCUCGAGCAAGCCCUUCAGUAUGUGGAAGGGAAAUCAGACCUGGAAAGUAUAGAAGGAGGUGUGGAUAAGACAUUACUUCGCUGGAAAGGGGAGAUGUGGCUGGUAAAGGCGAAUGAAACACGGGUCACUGACGGUACAGCAACCCGCAGGGGCAUGCAGUAUCUCCUACAAAGCUCUGCCUCGGACAGCUCUCUGCCGAGGGAGCGUGUGUUAAGCGCUGAGAGCAUCAUUCGUCGAGCGAACCGCACAGGGAGCUGGGAAUUGGCGUCAAAGGCUGCCGAUCAGAUCUUCCCUCUACUUCCCCUGAUCACCAGCCGUGAUCUGAGCAAUGAGGACAAGAUCUACACGUUGCAAGACAUCUCCACUAUUGCCAGCAAUGCGUGUGCUGCCAUUCUCAUGUUCAGGCCACCUAUGGAGGCACUUCUGAAACUGGAGGUCGGUCGAGGAAUCGUGAUGGGAGACCUGAUUAACAAUUCCAGUGACCUUUCAGGCCUUCAUCAGGCACAUCCGGACCUAGCUCAGGAAUACGAAAGGCUGCGUCUCCAAGCCUUCCACAGUCUGAAGCACGAAAAAUGGGAGACAGGACAGACCCAGCUACUAAAUGAGCGCCGGAUAGUCUUCCAGCAGCUGCAGCAGUGUGAGCGACAAAUUCGCGCGAAAGCCGGCUUCGAAGGAUUUCUCCAUCCCAUGAACAUCCGACAGAUGGUCGACUGCGCUCGAGAGGGCCCGAUUAUAGUUGUCAAUAUCACAUGCACCAGUUCCGAUGCAAUAUUUGUUCUCUCUCCAACCAUUAUCGGUCACCAUAGACUGAAUAGCAUGAUUACUCGGGCGGUGGACAAGUUUCGCGAAUAUCUUAUGAGACACGCGAUGACUGAGCUUUAUGGUGAUCCCUGGAGCUACGAAAAAGACCCCGGGGCAAGGGACCUGGACAGUGACUUACCUCGGGAGGCAUAUGACAAUAACCUCCUCUCCUGGCUGUGGUAUACCUGCGUGAAGCCAAUACUGACCUCUCUAGCCUCUGAUGGCCAUAUCUCCAGCGGAGAAGAGAAGAGCCGAGUCUGGUGGAUCGGCACUGGGGCAGCUGCUGGGCUCCCUUUCCAUGCCGCCGGAGACUAUAGCCAAAGUCAGGAAAAUAAAGGUGAGAGCUGCCUCGACCAUGUAAUCUCUUCGUACACGCCGACCAUCAAGGCCCUCCAUGCGGUGCGCGCAAAGGCGGCGGCGCAACAAGCAUCGCGCCGGGUGAAAGAGAGACCGUCGCUUCUUGUCGCAACCAUGCCGGAUACACCCGGCUAUGGUGCGCUGCACGGCGUCCGUCGCGAGGCACAGGGUAUCAGCGACGCCGUCGGCCAAUCCAUGGAGGUCAAGCAAUUGAUUAGUCCCUCUACAGACGAGGUCCUUUCUCAACUGCAGGACUGCGAUCUCGUGCACUUCGCCUGCCACGGGCACUCCGACCCUGGCAACCCGGCUAACAGCCAUCUUCUUCUACAAAAGCAUAGUGAUACUGGCAUGGUUGUUGACAAGCUUACUGUCUCCAAGCUUCUCGACACCCAGACGAUAUCGCGGGCGUGGAUCGCCUAUCUGUCCGCUUGCUCCACGGCUGAGAUCCGUGAUAGAAGGCUACUGGAUGAGGGGCUGCACAUCACCAGUGGCUUUCUAAUGGCGGGCUUCACGCACGUCAUUGGAUCCCUGUGGCCGGCUGAAGAUGAGGUUUGUGUGCAUAUGGCCACGUACUUCUACAAGGCGCUGAUUACGCGGUAUGCGACGGCGACUGAUCUGAAUCGCGCGGUGGCGGAGGCAGUCCACGAUGCAACGCUGCAGAUCAGGCGACAGUACUGGCACAGUCCGUUGUCUUGGGCUUUGUAUACGCAUGUGGGGGCGUAG